GAGGGAGGAGGGAACGGUGCCGCCUUUUGGCACAGUGGUCUGGCGUGGAUCUUGAGGGGUUCAAUUCACAGAGCUUGGGAGAUGCUACUGAACUGCGCCGCCGUGAGCCCAGCCGCUGUUCGGGAUGCUCCGGCGGUCGCGCAAUGCCGGCGGCGAAAGCCCUCUGUUUUCUCACCAAUUCGGCGGGCGGAGUAUGCCCUAGCGGCCUUACGGUCCUGCCGGGUGGGUCCUGAGGCAGUCGGUUUAUGCGCGCGGGAGACUGAGGAGGGCGCUGGAAAGGGAUUUGCAGAGCGGUUGAGGCUGGGGAGGCUUGAAGAGGAUGGGCUUUCGUACAAAGAGAGCUUCAUUGUUCGUUGCUAUGAGGUGGGGAUUAAUAAGACUGCAACCGUUGAAACCAUCGCCAAUCUCCUCCAGGAAGUUGGUUGCAAUCAUGCACAGAGUGUUGGGUUUUCUACUGAUGGUUUUGCCACAACCACCACCAUGAGAGAACUUCGUCUUAUAUGGGUCACUUCUCGUAUGCACAUUGAAAUAUAUGAGUAUCCUGCAUGGGGUGAUGUUGUUGAGAUUGAAACUUGGUGCCAAGGAGAAGGAAGAAUUGGCACAAGGCGCGAUUGGAUUCUCAAAGAUUUGGCUACUGGUUUGGUUAUUGGCAGAGCUACAAGCAAAUGGGUCAUGAUGAAUCAAGACACUAGGAAGCUUCAGCGAGUAAGUGAUGAAGUGAAGGAGGAAUAUCUUGUUUUUUGUCCGCAAACGCCCAGAUUUGCAUUUCCAGAGGAGGAAAACGAUAGUCUGAAGAAAAUUGCCAAGCUUGAAGAUCCGACGGAUUAUUCACGGCUUGGACUGGUGCCCAGAAGAGCAGAUUUAGACAUGAAUCAACAUGUAAACAACGUCACCUAUAUUGGCUGGGUCCUUGAGAGCAUGCCCCAAGAAAUCAUUGACACGCACGAACUCCAAACCAUCACCUUGGAUUACCGACGCGAAUGCCAGCACGACGACGUGGUCGACUCACUCACCAGCUCAAACUCAGAAGAAAUCCUACUUUCAAAGAGCAUCAAUGGCCACCCGUCCAAGCACCAACAUAGCCAUGGGAGCGGUCAUCUCCAUUUCCUGCACUUCUUGAGACUUUCAGGCACCGGCCUGGAAAUAAACAGAGGGCGAACUGUCUGGAGGAAACUCAUCCGGUAAUAUAAUACGUCAAAUGUUCUGUUCUGCAAUUUAUUUUUGCUGCUAAUGUCAUUUUCUAUGUUUUGGAAUUCUGCUUGUUGCUUAUCCUUUUCAUGAAUAUUUGAUUUUGGUAGCCAACUAUGUAGUAGAUUUGAGAUUUGAGAAAUAAAUGUGAUUAAUUGUUGGAUUAAGUGCAGUGAAAAU